AUAAAUGCACGAUAUCAUAUAACGUUUUUAAAUUGAACCGAAUUUAAAGAUCAAAUGGCUAGGCUUACUUGCAUUUAGCAUAUCUACAAUUUUCAGAAAAAACUGUAUAAUAUUUUGUUUGUGUUAUUCAAAGAAAGUCUGAGGAAAUCUAUAAACUGAAAGAUAACAAUGGCAACCAAGCGUAAAUCAGAACCAGAUGAUGAAGACCAACAGCAGCAAUCCGAUGGUCCAACCAGCAAUAAGAAGCUAAAACAUCAUUCAGCUAGUAGCGAUACCUCUGUAAAUGAAAGCAAUGCAAAUGAUACUAACGAUUCCAACACAGAAAAUCUUAUAUGUAUAUAUAGGAGAGAAUCAGCAGGGGAAAUAACCCAAAGCGGGCCAAUACACCUACGUAAUUCCGAACCAGACAACGAAAAUCAACAACAGCAAUCCGACGGUUCAACCAGCAACGAAAAUAACACUAGCGAUUCCAACGCAGAAGAUGUUUUAUAUAGGAGAGAAUCAGCAGGAGAAAUAACCCAAAGCAGGACAAUACAAGUAGGAAUAAACGAAACAAGUUCUUACAAGUAUAUUGACACGAAAGAAAAAUACAUCUCUGCAAUCAAUGAGCUUAACAACAUGAUUAAAGACGGCAAAACCAUAUCAUUGGACUGUGAAGGGGUAGACUUAUCCAGAUUUGGAUGCGUAACGAUGGUUAAUAUAGGUACUAGAGAUAUGGUCUAUUUAAUUGAUGUUUUGAGGAUAGGGAAUAGCGUAUUUGAUGACGGUCUUCGCUGUAUACUUGAAAAUAAUAGUAUUGAAAAAUUGAUGUUUGACUGUCGAGAAGACGCGGAUGCUUUAUUUCAUCUGUAUAAAGUAAAGUUGGACGGAGUACUAGAUGUUCAAUUGUUAGAAGCGAGGAACAGGAUGAAAAGAAAAAGACAUAACACGUUAUUGGCAAGUCUUGAGACAUGCCUGGAAAGUUUUCCGUCUAACAGUACUCUCCUUAGGUUGAAAAAACAAGGACGACAAAUUAUGCUAUGGACAACCAAAAUAUGGGAAAAAAGACCCCUGAGUGAAAGUAUGCUGAAAUAUGCAGCUGUAGAUGUUCUAGGACUUUUUCACGUAUAUGAUAAAUUUAGAAACAUAAUGCCACACAACACCUGGAAAGCUGCAUCAAGCCUGUAUUGUGACAACAAAAGAUCUCGAGCAAGAACGCAUCGUGAUGGAGAUGCUCUUUUGCCGACACGCGUGCGUGAUAUAAUCCUGUAAUAUUUAAUAAAACCAAGGACAGUUUA